CACGUUUUGCCGCUUGCUUGUUCAUUCAUUUGGGCAGCUAUACCUCAAAGGCAAAUCAGAACACGUACAUGCAGUACCGGUUUCCUAUAGAAAUGAUGUGGAGAAAGCUUCCGCAAGACGGCUCUGUACCCAUCGAUCGCUCCAGUCACAGCAUCACCGUUAUCGGCAAUAAGGUCUACCUGUUCGGUGGCGAGCACGACCCCCGCGUGCCUGUGGGCAAUGAGCUGUAUGAGUAUGACAUGGCGACGGGCACCUGGCGGGUGGUGGAGGCCAAGGGGGAGGCGCCCCCGCCCCGUGUGGCACACGCAGCUGCGGCGGUGGGGAGCACCUUGUACGUCUUCGGCGGCAGGAACGGCCUGGAGAUGGGCGAGGGCGCCUCCAACCAGCUGCACGCCUUCGACACCGCCACCGCCACUUGGCGCCUGCUGGCCACCAGCGGCCCCGCCCCGGCGGAGCGCUCCUACCACACCAUGACCUCAAUGGGCAACAAGCUGUACGUGUUUGGCGGCUGCGGCGAGAAGGGCCGCUUGAACGACCUGCACCAGUUCGACACCACCACCAACACCUGGAGCCCCCUGGCCGUGCCCUCGGCGGAGGCGGUGCCGGGCCGUGGCGGCAGCUGCCUACUGCCGGGCGCGGUGGGCGGCGGCAAGCCGCCUCAGCUGUACGUGGUGGCUGGUUUCUGCGGCCGGGAGCUGGACGACAUGCACGUGUACAGCAUCCCUGACAACACCUGGUGCGGCAGCAGCUGCCCCUCCUGCCACUCGCCCGCGCAUGAGCACGAGCACAACAACAGCCAUGGCCACCAGCACGGCGGUGCGGGCGGCGGCAAGCUGUCGGCCCGCAGUGUGUUCGGCGCGGGCGUGCACGAGUGUGGCCAGUCCGGCUGCGAGCACGCCGGCGCGGUGCUGGUGUACGGCGGCGAGGUGGACCCCUCCGACAAGGGCCACGACGGCGCGGGCGACUUCUGCGCCAGCCUUAUGGAGUACGGCGCCGCGGCGGCAGCUGGCAGCUGGCGCCCGCUGGAGGCCGGCGGCGAGUCGCCGGGCCCGCGCGGCUGGUUCGCCGCCGCAACCACCCCCGACGGCCGCCUGCUUCUGCACGGCGGCCUGGACGGAAACAACCAGCGCCUGGGGGACAUGUUUGUGCUGGACGUGCACGCGGCCGCGUAGGUGUGGAACAGAAGAUGGAGGCGGCUCAGAUUGUGGAUGGGGAUGUGGAUGUAUUGGCCGGGGGUUAGUUGGUGUGCGGGAGGAGUUAGGUGUACGCCGGAAUGUGCGCAGUGGCGGAGGAGCAGGUGCAUGGGUAAUGGUGGGCCCUUUUUGGGCUGAGCCCCCUGAGCGAAGCGAUCCAGGGGGGGCGAAGCCCCCCAGGAUUGCCCCUGUCCGUGCGCGCGGCCACUUGACAGCAACCGGCACGCGGACAACCCCCCACCCCACCCCGGCCCCGUGGAGCUGUUCCCCGCUCUACUACUCCUGCCCGCAGCGCCUCUUGAUGAUCACUAGCAGAGGCACGGCUAGCCAUGGUUCACAAUCACCAGCAACAGAACAUCCCGACAAGGUGUGCCACAUACGGUGAUCACCCAUGAAAAAGGCUGUGACACCUUGGUGUUCCCUGGCGGUGCGGUCAUGACUCAUGAGGGAUGACGCUGGCUGUUGGCAGGCUGCUGGAAGGGGAAAGAGAAAGGUAAGCUUCUGACGCCCUCUCUGAUGAUGGGCAAGCGGGGCGCAGGCCAGGGAGGUGGGAACGAUAAAUGGAAGUGACAAUGCGACAUCCGUGGAUAGGUGUACAUACUGGUCUGCGUACGCAUUAGUUCCGCAACACUUGUCAUUAUACGUGUACGUACCAGCUACACUGGCACCAUCUCAAACCCCUGAGCCUUCCUACGUGUUCGGCACAACCGGGCCAUUAUAUCCAUGUCGAACAACCUUUUGGAAUCUUAGAGGGGGGUUAUGGGCUCUUCCCCUUGACCCCUGUAUCGUAUACGCACAGCCCGUCAGCACUGUCAGCGGGCUGAUUGGAGCCCCGGAGCAGUCGUAUGCGAUAUGCCGGUGCACUGUAACGACGGGAAACUCGCGUCUCGGCGCGUCUCAGCGCGUCCGAGCGCGUCAGGAUGCGUCAGGGGGCGUCUGGCCGCGUAUCGUGACGCGAGUGCUGAGACGCGAACAGUGACGCGAACUACUUUGAAGGGGACCCAUACCGUGGUGCGCACGGUGUUUUACACUAGCCUAUACUGCUA